AUGCAUCAGAAAGAUCCCAUCUCAGGCAGUUUCGAAUACGAGCUGCCAGCUUCACUGUGCAUCGGCUGCAGAGCUUUCAGGCUUUCGGGCAGUAACCAUAAAUCCGAUCUGGAGAGCUUUGAUCUCUCCAGCGGCGGUGGAGUAAAUGGUCAUCCGGGAGCCCAGCCUGUAAUUGACGCCUCUACUCUGGCUUCUUUGAAAGAUUCUUCAAAUUUUGCGCCAAUAGUGACUAUGAGGCGCAGUGGGAGCGUCAGAGCGCAGCGCUGGACUCAAGGAACUUCUCACCUCGACUCCUUGACCUGCGCCCCAGCUCAGGAGCAGAAACGUCGGCGUUUGGCCGCCAAUGCCAGAGAGAGGAGACGGAUGUUCGCUUUAAACCUCGCUUUCGAUCGACUCAGAAGUGUUAUUCCAACCGUGGAAAGUGACAAGAAACUCUCCAAAUCGGAAACCUUACAAAUGGCUCAGAUUUAUAUCACUACGCUCUGUGAAUUGCUCCAGGACGCCAGUCCCACCAGGGACAGAGAUGUUCAAGAGUCGAUGCUGCAGGAAUCAUCCGUGGACACAACGUAUUCAGUGACAAAUCAGGCAGACCCUAGCGACACUGUAGUGACCUUUGAAAACAUUGAAAAGAUCGUCUUAAAGACGAGGCAGAUCAGAACGUCAGUCGCAUGGGUCACAGAAGAACUGGUUGGUGGUGAUUUUGGAGAGUUUUCUGAUCGUUAAGACGCUACGAGUGAGGACUAUUCCACAGACAUAUACGCAAGCCUCCCAUAAAUUAGUGCAAAUCAGAGUCCGGGAGCGCGCUGUGCUGAAUGAAAAGAUGGCCAUCUGAAACUGGACAUUAAACGUGGUUUACUGGGUAUGGUUUUUAUAAUAACAUAUUAAGGGAUAAGGUUGGUAUGCUCUUAAAUUCGUUACGUCAAGAACCUUAAUCUCUAAGGACAAAUUAAUUUGCAU